UUGAGUCAAACAAAAAACAUAAGUAGUCGGUCAUAUACACGACAAUCAGGUCUAUCAAGUUCAUGGGGGUUAUAUGCUAACUCCGUAUCGAUCUGUAUUCAAGUUGUGGUUAAAGGUCGGCGCCAGAUUAACUAAAUACACUCUCACUGCUGCCACCGAGAGCCCAACAAGAAACCUCGAUUAAGUGGAAGUAUUCGCUUCACGACCUCAUUUCGCCUUCGUCUGUGAAACAUCACCGACCAACUCCAAGUCACCUUCCCUCUCCGAAGUUUGACACUGCAUAAUUGCCACGAUGUCACUAUUAGACGAGGCACAUUGGACAUCCCACGUUCCGAACUCAGCAGUCUACCGAGAGCUAUCUGUUCUUCCUUCGUAUACAGCUUCCCAGUUUCAAGCCUCUAAUGUGAUUCGCAUCGCGAGUUCCACGAACGAUCAUGUUAGAAAUGUGAAAAGGCAAAAUCUACAGACUUUUGUGAUCAAGGGCGAUGAUGUAAUUGUCUCUCCGGCCACCGAUUUGGUAGAUGUUGUGAAAUCUGCCAUUUCCCCCUCCCGGAAAUGGAUAGCCAUUCUACGAGAGAUUCAGGACAAUUCCACCCCAGACGGCAAGAAACGAUUCGUUGAAGUCUGGAGCAGAGACAAGCUCGAAAUCUCAUUCGAUGCUACUAAAUCCCAUGGUGCCUUUUAUGGGGACGAGAUAUUCUCCUCUUUAUCUUUCUCCCCGUCGGAGAAUGCGCUAAUCUACAUCGCUGAAAUCCAAGCUGACGGCCCCAAGGAAUCUGAGGCAUCACCUUUGUCCAAGUACACAUACACGCCAGAACUGGGAGAGGGCUAUGCUGGCAAGAAGCGGCCAGGGAUCUUCGUCUUUAGAUGGGACGCUGAACAUCGCGAUGCUCUUCCGGCGGUACAUUUGCUGCGACCCAAAGAAUUACCUUCACAGCCGACGCUUUUCACACAAGCAGUUUUCGCCACAAAUGAUCGCAUCUUUGCCAUUGGUCACGAAUAUACUGCUGACGAGCGGCUCUUGGGUUUAAAGUUCUGCACAAACCGAGCAGCAUGCAUAUGGGAUUUCGCCCUUCCUAGCGAAGACAAUACUGCAGAGGUGUUACUCUGUGAAGCCUGGAAACGCACGCAAUCAUCUCGAUCUGCUCGUUGUCCUCGAGUUCACAUUGUUGACGGCAAGCCUUUGUCACUAGUCUGGAUGUCCAACCCUGUCGGAGGUCCUCAUGCUUCUUGUUCCACUCUUCAUCGACACAAUUUUGCGACCAACGAUUGGUCAGACCAGAUUAUUGUGGAGUCAGUCACUGAUCCAAAGCCUGAUAAAUUCCCGGGAAUAUUCGCUAGUUUACUUCCGACCGAACCUUUCGUUCAGCUCUCCACUUCAGAGUCUUCCGAAACGUUUGUCGCCAUUUCAUCUGCAUGGCGAUCUCGCGGGGUGGUGGUGCUCAUCUCGUUGGAGAGCGGCAAAGUUAUUAAUUUGAAUCCGGAUGACGCGGAAUAUCACUUCAGCUGGAGUGUGCUUGCUACGGACGGUGGUAAUCAGCUGGUCGUUGUGUGUAGUGCGCCCACUACGCCUCAGGAAGUUCUCCUUGGGAAGAUUACAAAUGACCGACAUGUUCAUUGGCAAGUACUCGUCAAGCCAGACCUAUCAGAUUCUCUGCGCGAAGGCUUGGCGUCCCUGAAGACAUCCAUUAUUCCAAUCCCUCAUCGAUAUCCAAUUGAGACUGUUGUCUUGGGACCGAAGGAUGGUUCGUCGCGGGCAUGUAUUACGAAUCCUCAUGGUGGUCCUCAUGGCAGUUCGACCACUUUAUUCAAUAUCUUCAAUGCUGUAUUUGCGCUAGAAGGAUAUACAAUCUCUAUGCCACUCUACACGGGAUCAGUUGGGUACGGAGAGAUGUACAUCCAAAAGCUCCUCGGUCGGAUCGGCGAUCUCGAUGUGCAGGACUGUCUCGAGACAGUCAAAUAUCUCAGUACUCUUGGUAUCACAGAACUGGGUCCUGGAAAACAGUUCCUCUUCGGUGGCAGUCAUGGUGGUUUCCUAAUAGGACAUCUGAUCGGUCAAUUUCCGGACGUCUUCAGUGCCAGCGUCCUAAGAAACCCCGUCAUAUCGCUAGGGGAGAUCUCCACAUCGGACAUACCGGAUUGGUAUUACGAGGAAGCAGGACUUCCAUUUCACGCGGAGUCGCUAAUGACACCGGAGGCGUACUCAAAGCUCUACCAAAUGUCCCCCAUUGCGUAUGUGGACAGAGUGCAGUCGCCUGUCUUAUUAGGUGUCGGUGAGAAGGAUUUACGGGUGGCGCCGACGCAAUCCAAAGCCUACUUCCACGCUUUGAAGGCCCGUAAGCGCGACGUCACGAUGAUCUGUUUCAAGGAUGAUACACAUGGACUAGAGGGUGUGGAAGCGGGUGGAAUAACCGCUGAUGCGAGUCUUGCACUCUUCAACAAAUAUCGGAAAUAACUGGCGGAAUGAUGUUUAGCAUGCAUUUGUACGUUACAAGAACAACGUUACCCAUGUGCUAAAUACAAUUGUACGAUAUCACAUUAAGUGACAAGUGAGUCUGUUAGAAACCAAGUCCCAGAAAAUCUAUUCCCAGAGAAAAAUGAAAGAACCCUCAAUCUCAAUGUGAUUGAUCCAUAGGCAAUAAAUUGUCAAGUACAUGGAUACAUAAUAUGGUAUUUAUACAAGCCAUGACUGGUCAGGGAACGACAUCAUAGCUGCUAGAUAGUCCGAA